AUGCACGCGUGUUUCCAUCACAUGUGCAACCUCCCCCAGGACGACAAGAAGCAAAUCAAGUUCUCCCUUGUCAAGCACAACCACGCUGACCGUGUCGUGCUGAUGCCCACUGCACGCAACGUGUUGCGCCCAGAACUGGAGCUUGAUGCCAGGCUUGAAGACGACGUGGAGAGCGACUUUGGCUUUCAGAUGCCUGGGCACCCCAGCGGCAAGAGCGUGUCUGCUGCCGAGCUCUCGUUGCUUUUCUCGCCCCUGGACCCCGUCACACGACGCAAUAUGGCUGCAAUGAAAGCCCGGUGGACAGCACCUGCUCAAGCCCCUGCUGCUGGGGCUCCUGCUCAACAUAGUCCUGCUGGUGCUCCUGCUCGUGCUUCACAUGCAUCGGUUUCCCAUGUUGCGCAUACGGCACAUGCUCCAGCUCCGCAUGCAGGCAGUCGCAGCCACGAUUCUGGGUCCGCUGAACCGAUGCAGGUCGACCAAGCAGAACGCACGCCUCUCUCUGCUCUUGGUGACCGCCCUUCUUCUUCUGUUUCGCAUGCAGGGCACGUGCAACCCCCGCAUACAGUCAGGCGUGACUGCGCUACUAGGUCUGCACGACCGCCGCAGACUCCUCCUGGCCGCCCUUCUGCUCAACAAGCAGCCUCCGCAGGCCUAACCGAACUUGUUCAACGACCGAGGCCGAUCCUGAUGAAGCGUCUGUGGGCAAGCAUGUGGACAGAUCCCCCCGAGGCAAUCGAAGCUGAGCUCGCAUGGCACCCCAGGCCUAGAAUUCUCGCGUACCGUUGGCUCAUGAGAGCCUGCCAGCCCUUGCAGUUCACACCCCUGCGGGUCUCACCCACAAUCCCAGCCGCUACUCAACCGCCCGACAACGUGUCUGCAGAGUCGACCCAACCGCCCACCGAACUGUCCGCCGAGCCGAUGGCUUUGAUCCCCGCCACUGCCCAACCGCCCGUCAACUCGUCUGUAGAGUCGACGGCUUCAAUCUCAGCAGCUGCCCAACCGGCCGCCAACCUGUCCCCGAAGGCCUUGCAAACUGUGCAGGAGUUCCUUCAGCUCUAUGACAGGAGCAUCCCGAUCAAGCUCAAUUCGCCUGGGAUAGAUGCGUCCGAGCAUCUGCCAGCGAGACAAGUCUUGAAGCCCUUCGACGACAAGGGCUCUGAGUGGAUGUCCGCUGAAGCGCUUGACUUUUGCUUCGGGCGCCUGCAACAAGCAAACAUUACCUCGCAAAACGGGGUCAAAGUCACCUUUUGGCAGACCUUCGACGCCAACGGGACUGCUGACAUGGACAGAUCACUGCGAGGCCACUCCAACCGAGAAAUCAGGUUCUCGGAGUGCAACGAUUCAUUGUCUGACACAGUCGCUGCAUCGGAAGAUGGCCUUGUCAUCUUUCCAGCGAAUCGAGAGCAGCACUGGUUCCUCGUUGUGCUGCAUCGGAAAACCUUCACCAUCCGCAUUUUCGAGGGACUGAAGAAACCGGCUCUCGACCUUGUCGAAAUUGUUAAAUCGUUCUUGCCGGACUCGACUGAAUGGAGCUUUGUUCCCGAGCCGGGUUCUAUCUACGGGCACCAAGGGCCUGGCCAGACGGAGAAACCUCCUUGGACUUGUGGUUGGCUCGCCUUGUGGAUGGCCGAGAGGAUUGCACGGCUCGGCGUGUCAGCAGAAGACUUGCAGGCAUCCACGUCUAACCCGUGGCCGUGGGUCCCUACCGAUCCACCUCCGCCCACCGUUGGUCAACCUUCUAGAUCUCAAGCCGUACCUCCCUUGUCGCUCCUGAUUGCCGAGCAUGUGCGGUUCAAGUGGCUCGCUGAUGCCGCCCGCUGCUGGACACCGCACGUAACGAAGGCUUGA